AUUUCCGAGCAGUCACGGCCCUCCAUGCACAACCAAUUCACCUUCUCGCAUAGGGCAAGGGUUUAUGUUGCUCUCUGGCAAGCCGGAACACGCAGAACCACAUGUUUCUUCCUUUUGAACCCAAGGUUUCGGGAUAUGUAUCUCACGAACGCCUGUCCUGAUCACUUCCGCGACUCACCAAACCUCUCAUUCUACGUUUGCAACAUCUGAUCCUACGCAGCAGCCAUUCUUCAAGUUUAGACCAUCAAGUUUAUCAUCGCCACGAUGCCGCCCACCGAGGAUAUACUGUACGCACCGCCCAAAUCGUAUCUAGCUUACAAGCGCAAUUCGAAACUUCUUCUCUGUUGGAUUGUCCGCACUGUUCAUUCAAUCAUCAAGUCUUGGGAUACGACUCGGCAACAUGAUCUUAACCUGACAUUGUUGGAAGUUUUCAGCGCUGGUCCACCAGGGCAGAAUUGGCCGAAAGAGUUACUUGCUGAUCCAGCCCGAGCUGGAUUUUUCAACCAAGUCAGACUCUACAACUUUUGCAGGUUCAUUGGCCUCCAUAUGGAUGUUAUCCCCCCGUCUAUUCUGGCCUUGUUUGUGAAUAUAAUCGACACAAGAGUCACUGCUUUUACUACAUGGCAGGCGCUCGCAGCCAGGCGCCCACGCGCCGAGGACAUGGAGCAUUCUCGAACCCUUGGGUCUGAUAUCCGCGCUUUCUGGAAGGCCUUUAACGCCCUCAGAGGCUUUUCUUGGAUGUUAACUUCCCCUGGAGAUCCAAGUGUCUCGUCCAUUUUGAAAUAUGACAUACCGGAGAGCGAAGAAGAUAUUGAUCGUCUGGUCCCCGACAAAUUCCCCAUCAAGCCCGGGCGUCGUAACAAGUCAAAGAGACCAGAAAAUGAAGCCAGAUUCAACAAGAUCAAAGCCACUCUCCCGCCUGAUGACUUGCCAUUAAGUCGCUAUGACAUCGACGACCCUUGCUAUUUAAACGGCCGUUUCAAUUCCUACGGGAACGCUUGGGGAAUGGCAGUUUACGACCUGUUCAAGGAGUUCGUGCGCCUCAGAAAAUUUCUCCACGAUACCUGGAAAGAGGUUAUCUUCGACGGCCUCAACAGCACCGUGGCCGGGGCAGUUGGCAUUGCGGCCAUGAAUCUCAUUGUCAAAUACCAUCACGACAAUACUCCUGAAGGAUUAGGUUACAUCAGCAUGAUCGAAUAUUUUACGGGUUAUAAAAAUCCUGAGGAUUAUGUUCAACCGUUUUCUGCGUCCGUUUACCGAGUUCGUGGUGACGGCUCAUGUUCAGAAAAGGUUGAAAAUCAAAGUGUGGACAUGAAGGAACAGUUCAUGAUAUACACGUUCGAAUCACUUUUUGAGUUCCUUUCCGACUUUCACGCCACACAAACCGGAAAGCCCACCGAGCGCAUGGCAAAGCUUCUCCAGAACUGGGAUCCCAGCGUUGACCUAAUGGGGCUUACGAAAGAAGAAUACCUACAGUGGCGUCAUCUAUAUACCAUCAAGCUUCUUUACUCGCUUGUCGACGAAUACAUUGUUCCUAUCCUGAGGUCCAAAGAAUUCGACGGAGAUUGGAAAAAGGUCGUCUGGGACCCGAAAGGCCCAUCCGGAGACAACUUGGGUGGAUCAGGUUCAUAUCAGCAUGAAGCCUUUUUGUCCAGCAUCGCCAAACUUGCUAUGAAAAAGCCCUCGCCUACCGGUGACUCAACUCGACACAGCAUUGUGCCUACCACAGUCUUCAUACUACAACACAUGGUGGAUUCUUUUACUGUGUCAAGGGGCUGGCUGCAUGACCCCAUCCGGGGGAAUAUUUUUGUCCAACCGCCUUCUGCCGAUGUCUUCUGUCCCGCGCGUGAUUUGGCGCUGUUCUUGGGUGUCAAGCUUGAUGACUCUACCAACCUCGUUGGACCCGGCUUUUCGACUUCUUUCCACUUGCUGGAUGGCUUGUUGUGGAUUGAUGAGCAGCUCAAGUUGCUGGAUGGCUUGUUGUGGAUUAACGAACAAACCGGAGAGCCCCAGGUUGAUGAGGAGCCGCUCAAUUUCCUAAAGCAGGCGGCUAAAGUUUGCUCCGCUGCCAUAAAUUUUCAAGCAACAAGACAGGACCAAGGCGCGGGUUCGAACUUCCUGUGGGGUUGCUCCCCCUUCCAUUGCACUGAAGUUCUUGUGCAGACCCUGACGAGUUCCAACUAUAUCUCCAGAGUCCUGUACUUUGGUUUCUAUGAGCCUGUACUCCUGGUACACUUGCACAAUAUGUUGGUUCAUGAAGGAUACAUGAAAAAGUCCCCUCGGGCAUUUCUUUUCUUGAAGGGAUUUUUUGACGAUUUGUUGACUGAGGAGGCAAAGACACCGGAAGGCGGUGCCCACUACGACCGAGCCUUAAAGAAUGCCCUAGAUUGUUUUGGCACAGGGUUUCCGCUCUCGACAUUCAAUCGUCUGUACGUUCAAAAAUACAGAAUCGAGGGCAUCGGACGCCUAGAGAAUCUGCAAAGAUUCAUGGAGAACACUACCACCGGUGAGGAGAAACGGGUCGUGCAGGUCAAGGGGCAUGGCUCAAGCAACAAUCACAAAUCUAUCAUCAAAGGCGGCCGUGACCGCGCGAAGGCAAUUAUGGAGGGAAUACAGGCCGUCGACUUCAAGCUCAAGGAAUUGGUUCCCGGGAAGCUGCUCGAAGGGCCGGGUGGCAGCAAGGUCAUGGUGAACUUUCGCGAUGUCCUUGAACUGUUGAAGGCCGAGGUCACCAUUGGCGUACAUGGCAGUCGAUGCCUUGACGCUGUGAACCGCUUUUGGGUUACUGCCCGGUCAAUGCUUCUGUUCGAAUUCAUCGAGAAAGAACUGGCCGAUGCGAGGGACCCGUUGUACCUAGAAAUAUACGGAGACCCGGACUCAAAGGAGGUUGAAAACUCAAAGGAGGAUGAAAGUGGUGGGAAUGGAGGAGGACGAGAGAACACCUUAGGUGCCAAGCGUGCGCGUUUAGUAGAGCGUCUCUUGUCGCGAAACCUGGAUCCGCCUGGGACGAAGACCGCGAUAGACAUUGCCGUCCAAGCGUUUGAGGAUGAGGAGCUGACCAAUUUUCCGUGCACAUAUUGGGGGGAUGAGGCAGAUUUGGGAAGGAAGAGCAAUGAUGAUAUAAGAAAGCGUCUGGAGAAGGGGCUGGCAAGGGCAUCGUGUCCGUUCAUGUAA